GUUAGCUUCACUCAUCAAUUAAAACUUCAGUGCUUCCAUUGCUUGAGAUUUGGAAGAAAACUUUCCAUUCCAAAUUCUCAUGGCAAUCAGUCAUGCAACUUUAGCUUUUGCCUUUGGCAUGCUAGGUAAUGUCAUUUCCUUCAUGGUUUUCUUGGCUCCAAUGACGACAUUUUAUCGCAUAUACAAGAAAAAAUCGACCGAGGGUUUUCAAUCGCUACCUUAUCUGGUUGCAUUAUUCAGUUCCAUGCUUUGGUUAUACUAUGCAUUACUCAAAAAACAUGAGUUUCUCCUAAUUACCAUCAACUCCUUCGGGUGCGUCGUAGAACUCAUUUACAUCAUCUUGUACAUCAUUUAUGCGACCAAGGAUGCAAGGAAACUAACUAUUAAGUUAGUUUUGGCGAUGAACAUUGGAUCGUUCGGUUUGAUCCUUUUGGUGACGCAGUACGCGUUGCAUGGUCCGAUUCGUGUUGAAGUUCUUGGAUGGAUUUGUGUUUCUAUAUCAGUUAGUGUUUUUGCGGCACCAUUAACCAUUGUGGCACAAGUUGUUAGAACAAAGAGUGUCGAGUUUAUGCCAUUCAAUUUAUCGUUUACUCUCACAUUGAGUGCGAUCAUGUGGUUCGGUUAUGGUCUUUUCCUUAAAGAUAUAUGCAUUGCUCUACCAAAUGUGCUUGGAUUUGCACUAGGGUUGGUUCAGAUGAUACUGUAUGGUAUUUAUAGGAAUGGUAACAAAAAGGCUUCACCAAAAAGUGUAGUUGUAGCAAACUCAUUAGGAGGAGCUGGUGAAGUGUUUCCAUUGGAAGAAGAUGUAGAGAAAGGAAUCAAGAGGGAAGAAGAAGAGAAAGAGAAGAAGAACAUGGAACAAGUUUAAGUAUAUGCUAGCUAGUGAGUGAUGAUCGUUUUAACAUUAUUGUAUGUGUUAUGUAUUCUUUUCUUGGAGGAGGAUGAAAAUAAGUUCUAUCAUCAUUGUCAUAUAUAUUACUCCAUUUAUCUUGUAAUAAUUGUGAUUUUCAGUUUCUAAUUAAUAUUGUUUACUUUUCUUUUUUC